AUCGAUACAGAUACAGAUCCGUCAACACAUUCUAGAGAUAUUCUCCUGUAAGCUUUGCGACAAAAUCGACCCCCGUACUUACUGUUACAUUAUGUGGGUAAUCAGUGUGUACCUUUUGACCUGAGGUCAUACCAUCACCAUCAACAUGGCUGCCGCAGACCACGAAACCCACUCCAGCGCAGUUCGGUCUCGUUCCUACAAAGACGAGAGCUAUCUACACGGUUUUCUUGGAACUGUGUGUGACUUACAGAAGGAUGGGGUACUGCAGGAUGUCGUCCUUGAAACCAAGGGCCGGCGGUUUCCCUGCCAUCGGCUUGUUCUGUCCGCGGCCAGCCCCUACUUCAGGGCCAUGUUUACAAGUGACAUGGCGGAAAGUUGGCAGAAGACGGUUGUUUUACAGGGUAUGGAUGCAUGCAUGUUUGGGGAGAUCCUGAGUUACAUCUACUCAGGAACCAUCCAUGUCUCCAUGGACAAAGUGCAGCCCCUGUACCAGGCAGCCGACCUCCUCCAACUGGACUAUGUGAGAGACACCUGCUGCAGCUACAUGGCCAUGAACGUGGAGCGCUCCACCUGUGUGGACCUGUACAAGUUUGCUGAUGUCUCGUCUGUGGACAUUGUCCGGAAAUGUUGUCUGCAGUGGAUCACCAGAAACUUUACUGAGGUUGCCUCCAGCGAGGACUUUUUCAGCCUGAGUGUGAAUCAGCUGACUGAGAUCAUCAGCCAUGAUGAGCUGGAUGUUAAAGAGGAGACAACAGUGUGGGAGGCUGUGGUGAGAUGGGUGCAGCACAGCAGGGAGGGCAGACUCGACCAUCUACCCAGCAUCCUCCCUCACAUCCGAUUCAACCUGCUGACCUCAGACGACACGGCAGCCAUCUUGGAACACCCCCUGGUCAAUGAGGAUCCUGGGAGUUCUGAGGUGAUGAGGAAUGUGGUACAGACAGGGAACUUCAACAUGAAACCAAGGCUUGGGAUGACCAUGGAAAUGGUUAUGCUGUCUGAUAUAUCUGACACAGCGUCAGAUGACCUCCUCUACAUGAACCCACAGAAUGGGAUGUACAUCACCUGCAGUUACGACUACCUUCCUGAUUCCAUAACUAUGACAGUUACAAAUGAUAACAACAUUUACAAGCUCGAAAAUGAGCAGGAGGAUUAUUAUCAGUUGUCAAUGUUCAAGUACAACCAUGCAGAGAACGUAUUUGAACAUGCUGGUAUGUCUUCAGUAUCUAUGUUCCGGAGAGAGUACUCAGGUUUAUCAUCUCACUGGGAUCAUUUCCUUGUUGAAGUUGACCAGAUUCUAUAUUACGGUGCUGCUGAUCUGGGAGAAGGCAGUGCAUCGGUGCGGAUGAGAAAGUACAAUCGACACUCGGACAAAUGGGAGCAAUGUUCACAGCUGAAGCUUGAAGGAACUUGGCGCUUCAGUACGGCAUUGUCUUGUGGUCCGCACCUCUAUAUCCUCAUGGACUCAGCAAUGUAUCGCUACGACCCACGCCAGGACUGUUGGUGCAAGCGGGCUCCACCGAAUAUCACAGCUCGUUACUCAACUUUCACAACCGUUGCCAUGGGAACAGAGAUUUUCUGCUCAGAUUUUGACUUCACUCAGACUAUGGUGUACGACUCAGAAUCAGACCGCUGGCAGAAACUGCAAGGCUGGCCAAACCUAGAAAACCGUAGUGUCUAUUGUACUCCGAGUCUUUUUGUGCUGGAAAACGAGCUGCACAUAUUGUUGGAAGUCUAUGGCAAACAAGGUCCAUCAACAGACUAUCUCGUAUAUGUGUACGACAGGGCUACCGAUGCCUGGAGAGACUUGAAGGCCAUUCUGCCUAAUAAGGAGUAUUAUGCACCUAAUCCCAUGUGCCCCGUGGUACGUAUGUACCUACCAUACCUUAAGGGGGCGCAAAAACACAUCACGUCUUACGCUUAUCAGCGUUAAUGUGCAGGAUAAAGACGCACAGAGUACAGAGCAGUACAGUCUUUUUCAUGACAUAUGGAUAUAAAGACUACAGGACAGGACUGUUCAACGACAUUUAGUUUAGAUCUCGGGUUUUGCUGAAUAUUCUACAUUAUGGGAUAGAUGUUCUAUAUUUCAAAGUUUGGUACUUCCUUUUUUUUUAUAUAGAUAAGAGACUGAACUAGGGAUUUGUGUCGUUAAAUCUAUUUAUGUUUGUAUCAUUUUUACUUAGAUAGGAGAUAUUUUAAGGUCUUCUAUCCUUUCAAGGAGUUCUUAGUUAAAACAUUUAUGAUUUGUGUCAUGAUAAGUUUUAUAUAAGUUUGUUUUCAAUUGACAAGCAAGUCAAGCAAAAAGUUGCAUGUUUGUCAGUUUAAUGUUCAUUCUAAUGUAAGUUACCCAAUGUUACAAUAAACCGACUCUUAACUUGGAUGUUACUGUUUCAUAACCUUAACCUAUGAACAGCUUUUUCAAACAAAGCAGUCCGUUGCAUAAAACAACUAAGACUUCCGAACAUUACAACGUUACAUGGUUUCUCAUCUGACCGAUCGACCACAUACAAA